AGACAGUACAAAAAUCAGAAAUUUUGAUCUAUUCCAAUGGAGUAUUUUCUGUCUCUGCCGGAAGGUUGCAUAUCUGAAAUUCUCUGCUUAACAUCGCCGAAAGAUGUCGCCAGGUCUUCAGUUGUAUCGAGAACAUUCAUGUCGGCUGCUGAAUCCGACGUUGUGUGGGAGACAUUUUUGCCGUCUGAUUAUCAACAAAUUAUUUGUAGAUCAGACUCUUUAAUGGUUUCUCCUUCCAAGAAAGAACUUUACUACAGCCUUUGUAACUCUCCAAUUCUUCUUGACGGAGGCAAACUGAGCUUUUCGCUAGAUAAGAAGACGGGGAAGAAAUGUUUUAUGGUAGCAGCAAGGGAACUCGGUAUUGCUUGGGGUAAUACACCACGGUAUUGGGAAUGGUUAUCUCACCCGGACUCCAGAUUCUCAGAAGUGGCUACACUCAAGUGGGUCUGUUGGCUUGAUAUCCGAGGCAAAAUUGAAACUCAAAUGUUGUCGAAAAGAACCAAAUAUGUUGCUUAUCUAGUGUUCAAAUUGGAAGAUAGAUACCAUGGCCUUGGAAAUGCUAAUGCAGUUGUUAGAUUUGUUGAUUCUGAGACUGACAAUGAAGCGGAGCAACGAGCUAGUGUUGUGCGUUUAUCAGGACGAGGACCUAGAGCGACGCUGCCCUUGAGAAGAGAUGAUGGAUGGAUGGAAAUAGAACUGGGAAACUUUUUCAACGAUAUAGCAGAAGACAGAGUUGUUGAUGCGCGAUUAAUGGAGAUUAGGCAUCUUGGUGGAAAAAGUGGCCUCAUUGUUCAAGGAAUGGAGUUUCGUCCAGAAUGAAGAAGAGAAG